CUGGAGCUGCAGGGCUGUGGGGUGUGUGGCUCAGACUGCUUCUCACACAGCCCCUUGCUAUUUUUAGUGCGUGCGCUCUGUGCGGCAUUGGAAAUCCCUGCUACGGCUUUCUUCACACGGAUCCUGGCUGCUCCUGGGCUAAGGAACAGGGUGAGUAGCGAAAGUGAAAAUCGCUUUAUCCCAGGACGGAUGCUGUGUCCUCACACCCACGAUCCCGGGCUGAGCUGGCUGUGCCGCAUGUGGAGCUCGAUGUCGCAGGAGCGCGGCGUGCAGGAGCGGCCGGAGAGUCGGGAAGAAGAUGACAGAAAAGUAAGGAGGAGAGAAAAGAAUCGAGUUGCUGCGCAGAGGAGCCGGAAGAAGCAAACGCAGAAAGCUGAUAAACUUCACGAGGAAUAUGAGUCUCUUGAGCAAGAAAAUACCUCCCUGAAAAGAGAAAUCGGAAAGCUAACAGAUGAAAUGAAACACUUGAGUGAAGUGUUGAAGGAUCAUGAAAAGAUCUGUCCACUAUUGCACUGCACCAUGAACUUUGUGACCAUACCAAGGCCCGAUGCACUUGCCAGCUGCCUACCAAGAUGAGUGCUCUCCUCAAUCACCUCUCAGUGUGAUGUGUGAAAGUGCCAUUAACAGGAGGUUUCAAGAGCUGCCUAGUGUGCAGUUCUCCCAUUGAAGAGGGCUGGACUCGACCGCGCAGCUCUACUCCACAAUGAAUUGUUACAGUCUUCUGAAUCUCAGGAAAACACCAGCAUGGAAAAAAAGACAAUUUGAACAGCAGCUUCUAACUUGGUAGACUCUUCAAGCCAUGGUUUUGCCUUUGGAAAUGUCAAAGUGCCGUGCAGCUCACUAUGGAUCAAUGGAGUGUAGACAGGGAAAAGUACCAACCUCAGCCUGGGAUGCCUUCCUCCCACACAUCCACUGCCAGUAACCCUUUGUCACUUGUCACCCAUGCCUGUCAUGAUCUGGCUGCUGGGUUUUAUCUCUCUAAACAGGUUUGGUUAAUAAAAGUGAUGUCUCAUCUCUAUAAUGUUCUCUACCUUCUUCAAUAAUUCAUGUCUUUAUAGUAUCUCUGCUUUUUAUUUGCUGGUCAAUGCCAAAGUCUAAUGCUAAUUUUACUGUUCUAUUAUUUACUUAUCGCCUCUUCAUUGGUUCCUCUUUUGAAGUGUGUGUAACAAAAGAGUUUUCUUAGUCUUUAAUAUUCCAAAUCAUCAGCCCUGCUGCCAUUAGUCCUUGGAGUGUUUUAUAUCCUAAAAUAUGGCUUGGUCAGUUUCUGAUGGUGAUUGUCUGCUCUGUGUGGAAGAAAAGCAAACAGAGUUUGAU